AUGCCAGCUUUCUCUGAAGAUCUCUGCUUCCCUGGGUUUCAGAGCAAAGACCCCAAAUCCAGCGACAUCAGUGAACUUUCUCUAGAUCCAAAUAUGUGCUCGUCUACUUACCCCAACUUCCCCAUGUCAGGCAUCUUCACGAUCGGGUGCUUCCGAUGCUGGAGCCUUGAAUGUGGCAGCAAUACCGAUAGUUGGAUUCUGCCAACUGCGACCUUUGACACUAUCCAUAGAUCCCAGUACGAUCAGAUGAAGGAGGACCUCAUUACGGGAACCCCGAAGACGGCGAAACCUAUGGUCGUAUCCCCAAACCGCAGUUUGAAUCUUGAGCACGCCAAGGUAGGAAAGAUCAUGCCGAUUGCUUUGGGGAACGUGACAGAAGAUAUGAGAUCCGUCUCGCUACAUUUGGUUACUCUCAGACAUCAUGGUCUUACCUGCGACUGUACCCAACUAGCACUACCCAACAUUGCCAACAACGCGGACCAAACCUCUAAGACGGCCCACUGA